AAAAGGCCAUUUUGGGGAGCUUUGGUGUGUGGACGUAGAUGGCUAGUCUUUUCCUCCCUUGGUAGCCAUGGGGCCAAUGGAGUUUGCAAGCCAGCAAAGGCACCCAGUGCAAGGAACUCUUAUUUCUGGAUGCAACAAGAGUUAAAACAGAGACACAGACCAAGUGAAGAGUGCAAAAUGUGUGGAAGGAUGUUGGAUGCAAGGGCUAGAAGCAUCCUAUCCAGGACCAUGUGCAAUGCAAAGAGGAAUGUGGAAUUUCUUCCCUGACGUUUCAUGACGGAUUCAUCUACAGAGGCUGCAACCUUGGGCCGGACAUCAAAGAGCGAGAGAAGGCGUGAUGCUGAGCGCAGAGGAGCCCCCAGCCUGGCACUGACACCCACGGAUCGCUCUACGCCUUUCUUCCUUCGGAGAGGUGGGAAGCCAAGGGGGCUCUCCGCUUGCCGGUCCGCCCGCCCGCCCGUCUGUCUGGCGUCUGCCCAGCCGAGAAGGUGCCACAGGCGCUUCUGUCAAUUUGCCAGCGAGAGACUGAGCGGCUACCAGAGACUGAGUUAAAAGGGGGGCGUGGACCAGGCGGAAAGCGCUCGCCGGCAAAGCAGAGAGAGGAUUGCAAACGAUGAGAAAAUAACCCUCGGUUUGGGGUGAGAAUUAGAGCGAGGAAGCCACUCGAGGAAGGUCGGGAGCAAAGAGGAUGGUCCAGCAAAGGAGCGUGAGGAACCGGGGCCCGGAAGCCAAGCGGGAGGUGUGCCCCAAGGACCCCUUGCUCCUGAAGGAUGCCAAAGGAGAGCCGGGGUGGUGCAAGACCCCCAGCGGGCACAUCAAGCGCCCCAUGAACGCCUUCAUGGUCUGGUCCCAGAACGAGCGGCGGAAGAUCAUGGACCAGUGGCCGGACAUGCACAAUGCUGAGAUCUCCAAGCGCCUCGGCCGGCGCUGGCAACUCCUCCAGGACUCCGAGAAGAUCCCGUUCGUCAAGGAGGCAGAGCGCCUGCGGCUGAAGCACAUGGCCGACUACCCCGACUACAAGUACCGGCCCAGGAAGAAAGGCAAGCUGGGGAACGGCAAGUCCCGCCCGAGGGUGCCCGUCAAGAUCAAGCCCUCCGUCCUGGGGCGGGUGGCCUCCUCCCGACGGCAGUCGCCGAAGCCGGACGCUGGAGCUGAUGGCCAGGUGGGACGGUCGACGCCCGAGCCGGAAGACGAUGACGACCCCCUGGAGGUGCGGCUCCUGGAAACCUCUUUGGACGACAGCCCGAAAUUGCCCACCAAGGAGUUCUGGCAUGUGUUGCCUGCCGCUGGCGAGAAAGCAGGGUGGGCAUCCAACUCCGGAGAGCUCAAAGACCACCACCACGCUGCCGGGUUGGCCAAGCCCUUCUUGGACGAGGCGAGGUCCUCCGAGAUCUCGUCCCCAGCAUCCACCCGGUCGCCUCCGUCUUCCUUCGCCUCUUCGGACGAAGAGCUGGAAGAAGAGCUCUUGAGUUUCCUGCCCAGCCGAGUCCAGCCCAACGUGGUGGUGCCCUGCGGGACCCCGGACUGGUCCGUCUUCGACAAAGACCUUGACCUCUUCCCCUUGGGGACCGCCUCUCACUUUGAGUUCCCGGAUUAUUGCACCCCGGAGGUGACUGAGAUGAUUGCCGGGGACUGGCUGAUGUCCAGUAUCUCGGACUUAGUCUUUACAUACUGAGCGGCCACCAGGUAACUCUCAUUUUCUCCGCUAUCAGGUUAUAUAUCAAAAGAAAAAAGAAUCCCAGCUGUUUACAUGCAGGAAUCAGGUAUUCUCCAUUUUCCUCGCUUGCCUUGGCUGCAUUCAAAGGCAAGCUUUCUUUCCAUCAGCCCAUCCCCCUGCUCAGCACACACCCACUUUGCCGGCGUUUGCUGCCGGCUUGGCUUGGUGCGCUGGGGCUUGGGCAUCUCAUCGCCUCUCUUGGCUCCGAAACCCACGGAGAGGGGAGGCAGAGAGGUCCUGGCAGUGUCUAUUUAACCAUGAAAUUUGACUGUCUAAUCAGGUUUUUCAUUGUAAACCUCUCCAGCCAUUUCCCCUGCCACACACCCACACACCCGCCACGGCUCCCCCUCUUCCUCUCGUCCUUGCAGCUGCUUCCCAGCUCCGCCGCCAUCCAUGGCUGAGAGAGACCCCCUCCCUCUCCGCCCCAAGCCCACCGCCUUCCCGUCUUCUGCCCACGUCCCCUUCUCUCAGCUCCCUUUGCUCCUUCUUCACACCUUCUCUGGCUGGCUGGCUGGCUGGCCAUCCGUCCGUCCGGUGGCUCUGAUUUCUGGUACCAUUUCCACGCUUCUCUUUGGACAGUCUUCCAUUUAUUAUUUCUGUAUCCCCACACACACCCUUCUUCCUUUCUCCUCCAUUCGAAAUGGCUCCCGGGGAACGGCAGAAAGGGAAAAAGCUCUUGUCCCAUUUCGGAGAUGAUGCCAAGGGCCAUUUUGCAGCGUGCCUGUCUCCGGCACCCGGGGUGGGUAGGGCUUCCGGGUCCUCGUUCCGCGAGACUUUUCGUGCGUCGCCGUGAUGCACGGGAAUCUCAUUCCAAGAGCCAGGAAAGGGUACGCUUUUGGGGAGAGCGAAGGCAAAGUUGCGCACACGUGGUGCGCACGUGGAUCCGAGUAAGGCACGGCACGCAGGCGCCUGUCUCUCUUUCUCUCGUUCGUGGCAGCUUUGCCUCACCUCCCCAAAAGGAAUUCCCUCAUGUGUGUUUACCCCUUUCUGUGCCAGAGGUGUGCCAUCGGCAGAAGCCAUGGGCCGCCUUCCUUUUGCAAGGCUGCAUUGGAGGGGAGAGAGGAGAAAUAACACCACUUGUCAAUUCAUUGGCAUUAUCUACCUGCCACUCCCUCUUGUGCCCUGUCCUGUUUUCCUUGAUUGAAAAAUUGAGGGUUCCUCUGAAGAGGUCCUGGCACAGGAAGCUCAGCCUCGCCUGGCCCACACCUGGAAAUGAGUGAGCAUGACUCCCAUCCCUCUCGGAGGGCUGUGACUUUCACUGAAGGUCAAAUCAGGCUCUCCGGGAACAGGUUUGCAGCAGAACAUUGAGCAUAGGAGACAUCCCCAUGGCUUGCUAGAAUCUCCCUGUCCAUCCGCUCUUGCCAUCCAGAGAGAAGGCAGAUGCUACGCAGUGCCAACGGGCACUGUUCUCAUGCACCGGCAGGCUUGUUGCCGGAUGGGAGAAGGCGGCACCGUCUGCGCACCAGUUUUCAGAGCACCAUUGUGCUGGAAAGAGAGGUGAAGGGCUGUAUCUAGACAAGUAAAGGUCCCUUCUUCCCAUCUCCCCUCAUGGGAGCUGCUUCCCUUGAGUCCUGCCUCUUUGGUCCAGAGGCACAGAAUGCUGAAAGGCAGGUUCCCCCAAAAGUGGCAUCUCUUAGGAGUUUAGAGGGUGGCCAGAAGGUGGCAUUCACCGACUACAUUUUUGGCCAGAUUUCUCCUGGAGAGACUGGGAAGGGCUGGGCACAUAGGAAGACAGUUCCAAACCAGCUUCAUAUUCUAUGGUUUUCCCAUCCUAAGAAAAAGACCCUUCUGGUGGUUCAAACCAACUUAGCUUUGCAGUGUAGAUGGGAUUUCGCUUCACCAUUUAUAUCAGAUUUGGCUUUAGUAGCUGUUUAUGCUGCAUUUGCCGUCUUUAUUCUAAAUCAUCAAAAUGCCAAAGGGCCAAAGAAGAACUUGUCUGUGAAAUGUGCAUUCUGGCCACAAAACAUUUGCAAACGAUUUAAAGAAUGUGAGGUUUAUUAAAAUUCAUGUUGGACUUCAUAUUUUGAGACUGGUUGUGCAGAGCUGAUCUGACGAUAGCGGUGGUUCCCAAACCUUGGUCCUUCUGAUGUUUUGGGACUUCAGCUCCCAGAAUCCCUUGUUUACUUGGCUUCUGGGAUUUGGAGUCCAAGACAUCUGGAGGCUUGCAGAGGUGAGGAUAGAGUUCGGGCUGCUGAUUGGUCAGGACAUUAGCUUUAGCGAUUUGACACAAAAUACAAAACAGGGCAAGUUUCUAUCCUUUGAUAACUUUGAUAGCAAAUGGAGAGCUCAGUACAAGAAAGGGAGACAUUGGAAUCUGUUUAUGUUUCUCUCAGGCCUUUUCACUUUUAAAAAACCUUUUUUUUCUGUGCUGCCUGAAGUCAAUGCAUUCUGUGCAACAUAGUGUGAAAUUUCAUGUGUCAAAUAUCCGGUGGUUUUCAGGCUCCUCCUUGGACAGGGGUUGGGCUAGAUGGCAUUUAGGGGCAAUCGGACUCCCUAAGCUGGCCCCUUCCUUAUAAUUUGACUUGCCACUCCCAUCAUCCUUGGCUGUUGCUCACGAGGAAUGAGAGUUCGACUGCAAACAGUAGGGCAAAAUUUAGGUUGAGGAAAGUGGAUCUAGGGGACUUUGGUUAUAUGGAAUGGGAUGUUCUCCGACCAAAAAAUGAAAACCAAAUUGUACUUUAGUGAGGCACCAGCACUCUUUAGCAGAGAAGGCAUUCGAUCUUGUCAAACAUACAGCUCAUAUGAUUCUGUAGCAUUGAGCCAUGGCAGUUAAAGUGGUCCCAAACUGAAUUCACUAUCCAAUGUAGAUGCACUCUGGAUGCUCCUAGACUGGAACUCCCAAUAGCCUUACCAUAUGCUUAUGCUGCGAGAUGCAGUCCUGUAAUUGAAGAGGAGAUUUCCUUUGAUGGUUGUAGAAAGGUGCCAGUUACAGAAAUAUUAUUAAAUGGAUGGUGGUGAUAGAUGGAUUGAUAGAUACUCUGCACAUGCUUGAAUGUGCAUGUUUUCGUCUACACCCUUAAAAAUAACUUCACCCAAAUAAGCGCAGGACUUAUUUUCUUCUCUUUUCCCCAUUCCUUCCCAGGAGCUUUCUCCAUCCCUUCGCUUUUUUUAGCCAUCGCAAUUUUGCUAAUUAUAUUUGCUAAUCUUAGAAACCUCGUUACGUUUCCAGAUUUCUAGGAUUUCUCUGGCGUGCUGCUGGGAUUGGCUGCGUAGAGGCACCGGCUUCCCGUGGGAUGCGUUUACACUGUAGAAUUAAUGUGGUUUGAUGCCACUUUGAACUGCCAUGCCUUAGUGCUAUGGAACCAUAGGUGUUGUUGUUUUGCAAGGCCUGGUUGUGUUGGCAUCUCACCCAACUACAACUCCCAGGAUUCCAAUAAUAAUAAUAAUAAUAAUAAUAAUAAUAAUAAUAAUAAUAAUAAGUUUAUUUAUAUCCCGCCUCCAUCUCCCCCGAAGGGGACUUGGGACAGCUUACAGCAAAAUCAAAAUCAUAGCAGUUAGAGAGCUUUCAAACUGAAUUAAUUCUACAGUGCAGAUGUACCCUUGAAGCUCAGAGCACACACACCAUCUCUAUAAAGAAGUAACUUUUCCAAGCUUUAGCAGAGGACUAUACUGUUCAGGCCAGCCUAUGGAGGACUCUUCUUUUUAAUCACUUUUGCAAUGCUUUACUUUGUAUGAAAGACCCAUCAAGGAAUCCUUGGAAAAGUCACUUUUAUGUACUACAACUCCCAAGAGUCCUUUAGCCAUCCUAGAUUCAGGAGCUGUCUGGGCGCUGUAGUCCAAAAAUAACACUCCUUUAAACUGAGCCGUAUGAAUUAUGUUAAUAAGCAGUUAUAUCAAUAUGCAAGUGUGUUUCAUUUGCAUACAGGCUUGAGCUAGAUUUUUCCAGCUUCUUUAUAUUGCUGCAUUUUUACUAUAUACCCAUGUUGCCUAUUUGUAGCCAUUUGAUACCACUCAAAAUGUGGCAUCAAAUUCUCCCUUCUAUGGAAUAUUGGGAUUUGUAGUUUUCUAAGAGGCUUAGCCUUCCCUGUUGGUACUAGAACUCUCCAGCUUUGCUGCUAGAAAGUACAACCAGCCUUCCGCAUUUGCAGGUUUAGUUAUGGAAGAUUUGAUUAAGUUGUCCUGCUCGACUCUGGUCACUUUGUGCUGGACGUUGACUAUUAUAUUGACCUGGAGGACCUCAAGAUAACUUGAUACAACACUUUGCAAGGCAUUUGAAGGUUUUCUAGUGCAAUUCUAUGGUCAACUUCCGCAGUUGUGUUGGAAAAGCAACAGAUUGCAGGUUACUGUGAUCACUUGGAUAUUGUGUAAGGUGAAUGUGUUGGCCAGAAUGCAGAUUUGACUCCUAAAAAGCAUUUGCACUCGCUACAGCUCAAGAAAGCCUGAAGAGGUUCUGUAUUAAUUCUGGAGUUAAUACAGCUUUGCACCACUUUAAUUUCUAUGGCUCAAUGCAAUGGGACCCUGGGAGUUGUAGUUUCACAAGGCCUUUUAGUGUUGGCGUCUCAUCAAACUACAACUCCUAGGAUGCCAUAGCAUGGAGCUCUAGCAAUUCAAGUUGUGCCAAAGUGCAUUAAUUCUACAGUUCACUUUCAGUCUUAACAAGGCAACUAAGAGACAUUAGCUGUGCAAAAGACCUGUCUUGGCAAGGCAGAAAAUGACUUAGAUUUAGCAGGAUAAACACAGAUGUGUACAAUUAAAUAAUAUCUUGGAUAUGGGGACUGUCUCAAGAACAGGCAUGGGUUAGUGAUACUCGCACUGAGUCACACAGGAGAGAGAAAGAUGGAUUCUUUCAUCCUUAUAUAGCAGGAAUGUCUUUGGCCCUUCAGGUGUUUUGGACUCCAACUCCCACAAUUCCUAACAGCCGGUAGGCUGUUAGGAAUUGUGGGAGUUGGAGUCCAAAACACCUGAAGGGCCCAAGUUUGCCCAUUCCUGGUUGUUGGGAAUCUUCCCCAGCCAUAUUCCUUCCAGUUAAGUUGAGUUUCAAAGUCCAUCAUCCCUGGUAACAUCUUGCAUUUCCAGCUGUGGGUCAGGGAGUUGUAGUUCAACACAAAUGGCUCUUGGACCCGGAAGUCCUGCCUUUCCUUCUCCCAAACCUUCAACCUCGGAAAUCCUUGUUUGCUUUAUUGUCUAUGUAACAUGUAUGUGUGAAGAAAGCACUCUGCACAUGCUUCAAGGUCCUCUUGCAACGUCACAAAUCUCAGGGCACAAAGGCUCUGAAACUGGGUGCGGAUUGCGCCUGGCCAUUACCCAGCCAUGCACAGAGAUGCCCUUUUUUUGCGAUGCCAGCCUCUUCUGAAGUCUAUGCCGCUGUCUGUCUGUCUGUCUGUCUUUCUAUCUGUCCUCUUAUCUUAUCUAUCUAUCUUCUCUAUCUUUUCUAACCUUUCCAGUUCAGGUUCUUGGACUGGCUAUUUUUCUCGCCUUGCCCGAAGGGGCCCUAUCUCUUGCCCAUGGGGACCAGUUUGGCCUCACGAACUACUCAGAGUUUACAAACUUUUCAGGCAAAAAAAUAUAAUAUAUAUAAAAAAGUAACUUUCCUCAGGUUCCAGAACCCCGGGGCAGGAUCAAACCUGCCUCAGGGUCUGACCCACAACCAUGGAGUCGGGGCCGGUGUUUUUUUCUACUGGUUCUGUCUCCCUUCCUAACGACUUCAAGCACAAACUUCACAACGCUUCCUCGCAGAGCCUGUCGAGGUUGCUUUGGGAGCGGAACAACAACACCCAGCAUCCCUUGGAGCCAGCAAAUAGGAAACAAAGACAAAAACUUGUAAUGGGAGUACUUAGUUUGGGAAAAAAUUGUAUUUAUAGCAUGAAAUAACUUAUCUGCAGUCCUUUCUUCUGUGCCAUAGAAAGGACAACUGUUGGUGCCCUGCUGCUUCCGAUAUAUAUGGUCACAUACAUAUAUAUGAUCACAGUAGACUCUCAAUUAACCGGCACCCAUUGGGAUAAGAUACAGUACCGGAUACAUGUUGUUUCUGGUUGCACAAGAGUUGCUAUUAAAAAUAAUACUAUGCCCCUUAUUGCAUAUCAUACCAUAAAAACUGUAUCAAAUUAAUAUUAUUCAAAGCAAGUUAAGACAAAGUUAAUGUCACAAGAGUUUUAACUGUAUUCUAAAAACAGCUAUGAGAAUGUCGUAUGGAUUAUAGCUUGGAUUGCUUUGCCUGUUGCUUGAGAGUUCCGGUUAACUGAGAGUCCACUGUGUAUACACGUUUAUGUGUAUACAAAACAAAACAAAAAUCAAUGGGUUGGUGUGAGUUUUCCGGGAUGUAUGGGAAAAAGAACUCUUGUCUGUUUGCGGCAAGCGUGAAUGUUGCAAUUGGCCAGCUUGAUUAGCAUUGAAUGGCCUUGCAGCUUCAAAGCCUGUCUGCUUCCUGCCUGGGGAAUCCUUCGUUGGGAGGUGUUCUCUGAAAACAUAACUCCGAAUGGCAGGACAUAUGCUUCACAUUUGAAAAUGUAUGUGUUAUGAUAUAUAAUGUUAUGACAUAAUGUAUGAAAUGUAUGUGUGUUAUGAUAUAAUUCCUCUCUAACCUAUUUAAAACAUGAGAGUCCUGGAUAACUCGUAUAUAUAUAUACAUACACACACACACACACACACACAUAUACAUAGUGUGUGUGUGUAUGUGUGUAUAUAUAUAAUGCAAAACAAAAAAUAAUAAUACUGGAAGUGGCAGGGCAUGUACUGCAAAUUUGAAAAACAAUUGGUAUUUUUCUUAUGAAAUAAUUCCUCUGCAAUGUAUUUAAAACAUGAAUUGCGACUCCUCAAGCUAUUUCGGAAUAUUUCUAUACUGUAGAAUGAGUCCAUUGCUGGCUAUGGGGGAUUCUGGGUGUUGUUAUUUCCUCCCGAAGUAAUUCUCUAACAAAAGCUCUGUUUUCCUCUUGUCCUGACUUUUCUCUCGGAGCGGUUUAUAAUUUUGGGUUGAACGGGGGUGGGAAAAAAAGGGUGGGACUGUGUUUGUAAGGGGAGAAGAAAAAGGAAAAAAAAAGUGGUGUUCGCUCAGUGUUGAAUCCACACGGAAAAAGACGAAGUGUGCGACGUUUAGUGCAUUAGAGAUGUCUGGAGCGUCCGUCUCUCUUCCGUCCCUUUUCUGUUUUGAAAAACAAAAAUCUCUGCUGUGAAUAACCUUUUCCUUCGCGUUCCUGCCGCCUGUACUUUUUUGGUUUACCGUGCGUGCGUGGGUGUGUGUGACUUGUUGGAAAAUUUUAAAAUAUAUAUAGAUAUAUAAUAUUCAUAAUAAUAAUAAUAAUAAUUUUUUGAAUAAUAAAAAAUAAGAAAAUAAAACUCUUUCUCAGGUACAAAAAACUCCAGCAAGGGGUUUUCUCAGCCCCUUUUUUUUCUUCUUAAACCUCUCCCAACGCUUGACAGUUUUCUCCGCAGGUGCCAACAGCAGCAACCAGAAUGGUGAAAGGACUAAUAAUGAUUAGUAGUAGUAAUAAUAAUAAUAAUAAUGAGGAUACGGUACUAAUAAACACGGUCUGCCUGCAAAACGGUGCUCUAAGCUGUGGGUUUCCUUCUUGGUAAAUGUUGUGUUUAGUGGUGACUGUGGUCUUGGAAGAAAGUAGGAUUGUAGGGGGGGGAAAAAAGUUAAUGGCACGUGAUCCAUCUAUGUGGUUAUGUGACUAGCUCGGGAAAUGGUGAAAUGGUGGUUGUAAUCUUGGAAUAAAGUGUGUUCUUGGUCUGGA